AUGUCACCGUCUGUGGUCUACCUUGUGACUGUCACUGCCAUCUUGAUAUUGUCCGGUAAAGUCUGCGGACAGACAUUUACUGUAAAUGAGGGACAAAGGCAAAGGACGUUUGUAGGCAGUGUGGCCCAGAGCAAAGAGCUACAAGACAGUAUCAAAAGACUGAAUCUGGAUUCGUCAUUACUGAGCUAUACCAUAUUCAUUAAAGGAAACCCUCAUGCGGGAAACUUCACAAUAGAAGAGUCCACGGGGCAUCUGUACACUAAAGAUGCAUUAGACAGAGAGAUAUUGUGCUCCAGAGAAGAAAACCCUUGCUCUUUGCAACUGGACAUUAGUGCACACAACGCUGAAGGUUUCCUGCAGAUCCUAAACGUUCAAGUGAUUGUGAACGACAUGAACGACAACCGGCCGAUAUUUCCUGUUAGUCCGGUCCAGCUACAAAUCCCGGAAUCCGAACCGCUCAACUCAACGUUUCCAUUCCGUGGUGCCUUAGACAAAGACAGCAUUGGGCCUAAUUCCGAGAUCUCUUACGAAAUGAUCUCUCCUGGCUCUCCCUUUGAUAUGAGAAUUAUCACUUUACCUGACAGGACCCAGGAUGUCGGGCUAGUUGUUGCUGGGAAACUAGACAGAGAGAAAGUGUCUUCUUAUCAGAUUCAGAUCCUGGCUAGAGACCAGGGUGUGCCUCCAAGAACUGGUACAGUCUUUGUAGAAGUCACUAUUACAGACGUCAAUGAUAACUACCCGGAAUUUACAGAGGAGGUGUACACGGUGACUAUUCGGGAGGAUUUACCUGUGGAAACGCCCGUGUUACAGGUGCUGGCCAGGGAUCUAGACGCCGGAGACAACGGGAAUGUUACCUACAGAUUUAGCACUCCAACGCAGGCGUUUGCGAUCGACGUUAAGACUGGGCGAGUCUCUGUCGGAGAGAGUGUGGAUUUUGAGCAGCAGCAAGUGUAUAGGCUUAUGAUCGAGGCCAGCGAUGGCGGUACAGUACCCAAGACGAAGAGAACGUUACUUAUCGUUAACGUCAGUGACGUCAAUGACAACGCUCCUGAGAUGAGCUUUAACUUCCUCCCCGGAGGGGACCAAGCUGUUAUAUCAGAGCAUUCGAACCUGAGCACCUUUGUGGCGUACUUGUCAGUGACGGACAAAGACAAAGGUAGAAACGCCGAAGUCCAGUGUAACAUUGAAGGAGACCGCUACUCCUUGGAGACACAGAAACCGAACGAAUACAUUAUAAAACUUCGCACAGUUCUUGACCGUGAGCUUCAGAACGAAGACUAUGUUGGCGUUAUCUGUGUGGACUCUGGCAAUCCAGUUAUGACAUCAAGCUCUGGAUUUAAACUUAUCGUUCAGGAUAUCAACGAUCACAACCCUGUUCUACCGCAAACAGAAUAUGCAGUCACGAUCGAAGAAGGUACUGAAAUAGGAACAGUUCUUCUUAACGUCUCCGCAACAGAUAAGGAUGAGGGGGAAAAUGGUCGCAUUGGGUAUCACUUGGAGGGAGAAAAUGCUGGCAUGUUUGCCGUGUCCGACAUUGGUGAAAUUACUGUCAAUUUGAAACCGGACAGAGAAUUACAAGACACUGCUGUGGUGACGCUUGUUGCCAAGGAUCAUGGCAACCCACCCAAUUCUGCUACGUCUGUCAUCACCGUAACAAUCACUGACAUCAACGAUGAGAAGCCUCGUUUCAAUCGGACCGAGUACAUGUUUAACAUUAGCGAAAAUCUCGUAGAUGACACAGUAGUUGGCCAGGUGACCGCUAUAGACAGUGACCUGGGGAUGGGAGGAGAAGUUCAGUAUCACUUGUCUUCUAACUACGACAGUCAGUUUUUCUCAGUUUCUAAGGAUUCUGGCAUUAUCACGGCCGUGCAGCCACUGGACCGCGAAUCGCGGAGUAUUCAUGAACUUGUCGUUAUUGCAGAAGACAAAGGAACGCCAACCCAAUCCAGCUUGGUGUCGCUAUUUGUGAAGGUGCUGGACGUGAACGACAACACGCCUCACAUUACUUUUCCAGCCUACGACAAUUAUUCAGUCUCCAUCCCAAGCACGCUGGACGUCAACUCAGAAAUCCUUACCAUAACCGCGGAAGACAAAGACGACGGUGACAACGCUAAUUUGUCGUACGCAAUACUAGAACAGGAGAGGACACCAGAAUAUAUCUCCAUCAAUAGAACGUCUGGACGAAUAACAGUAACAAAGAAAUUCACAUCAGGCGUUUCUCUAACUUUCAAGCUUUCCCUGGCAGUUCGAGACCAUGGCUCCCCACAGAGGGAGACUUGGCGCAAUUUCAGCAUAUUUGUCUCGGUUGUGAACGACACCGCCGUGUUGUCGGAGAGUAAAUCUGGACAAUACAAUCUAGUCAUCGUGAUAUCUGUAGUUGCCAUGACGGCAGUAUUAUCAGCUGUGAUCUUGGCAACCAUUUGCAUCAUUCGCAGACGAGACAAUAAACAAGUUGAAGGGGACAAUGUUCGUCCAGACUUAUACGACAAGCCUGCCAAUAAAAGACACGACAACAAAAACGCAAACGUCGGAGAAAUCGUGCGAGGAGAAAAGAUAUUAGAGAGUCCGUAUUCUGGACAGAACAACUAUUCCCGAUCCAAAUAUGAUGAUGCCCCAUUACAAAGCUCCUCACCAAAACACAUGCCCCCUUACAAUGUCCAGCAAACGAACGACGACCAAGCUUUGGAGCAGCAGCAUCUACAAUAUAUCCGUGAUUUCUUCCCAAAUGACUCUGGUCUUGACAAGUCGGUCAGCUCAUUCACGGACAGCAACAGAAAUAACACAACAAACUGGCAGUCGCAUCCCAAACUUGCCAGUAGUAUGAAGCAGCCCAAGCAAUCCGCCGAUUCUCCAAGGCGGUCGUCCCAGAGACAAGGGAACAGCUCAAAGAGACAGAGCCGACCUAAUCGUGUACAAUGGGCCCUUUCCCCUGACCGUCAUUCAUCGGCGUGGGCUGCAGACUGUCCUGACUUCCAUAAUCAGGACAUGUCGGAGGCUGGGAUGUUUGGGCGGAAAUCGGACGACUCCACGAGCGAUUUGUCGGGAGAUACGGGCACGAGUGACAGCGGCCGAGGGGGCAGUGACGACGAUGUCCAUAGGGGCUAUUGUCUACAGAUUGACCACGAAGGUGUUCACGGCCAUUAUGUGUAGAGCAAGAUGAAAAAACAGG